GUGUUUGGUCAGGGCUCGGUGUCUGCACCAUUUUAUUGCAGGAUGGAAGUCCCAGGGCAGCCGAGGACAGCUGAAUGGAAGAUAGAAAUGCAAGCAAGGAUGUAUGGGAGCGCCGGCACCAAAGCAAAGUGUUAGCUGCCUUGCUUAGGAGCGUGGUAAAGAUUUACCUUCUGCAAGCUGCCAGCUUGUUCAGUUGUCAGGGAGGCAGCCAGAUGCUUGCUUUCCUCUUGCCUGCUUGUUUAGCUUUGACAUGCUUUUUGCUCAGAUGAAAGGAGAAACAUCAACAGGCGAAGCUGCAAGGAGCGCUGGUGCUUGCUGCUGUCAUGCCUGCGUGGGGGUACUUCCAGUGCAGUGAAUGUGCAGGGGCACCGCUGGAAGAACCUUUAUGGGCUCCUAAUGACAUGCAGGUGGACGAUUUGCUUACGAUAAUUAAGGUCAACAUGGAUCUAUGGUUCUUUGUCCUUUUGCUUGGAAGUGGCCUGAUCAGCGUAGGUGCUAACAAUGUCACAACAGAGCCACCCACAACAGUGCUCACCUCCACCAGGAUCCCCACCAAAGCUCCCACAGCAAUUCCUGAUGGUGGGACGACGCUGAGAGUGAGCAGCCUCACCGUUAGCUCUCCGAUGACCACUUCUACCCCGGCGUCGGAGCUUCCUACAACCACAGCCACCAGCAUCACCCCCAAUGCCACCACUGCCAGCCUCAAUGCCUCCACUCCAGGGGCAUCAGUGCCCACCUCUGCCUCUGUGGCCAUCUCUCUGCCACCCAGCGCGACACCGUCUGCCCCGCACACUGCACUGCCCAGCACAGAAGCGGAGACGACCGAGAGGAACGUCAGCGCGACGGUGACGACGCAAGAGACCUCUUCUGCAUCCCACAACGGUAACUCUGACAGAAGAGAUGAGACUCCAAUUAUCGCUGUGAUGGUGGCCCUGUCCUCCCUCCUAGUCAUAGUAUUUAUUAUUAUUGUGCUGUACAUGUUAAGGUUCAAGAAAUACAAGCAAGCAGGGAGUCACUCCAACUCCUUCCGCCUGCCCAACGGUCGGACAGAUGAUGCAGAGCCCCAGAGCAUGCCGCUGCUCGCCAGGUCCCCCAGCACCAACAGGAAAUACCCACCUCUGCCCGUCGACAAGCUGGAGGAGGAGAUCAACCGCCGCAUGGCAGAUGACAACAAGCUCUUCCGAGAAGAGUUCAACGCUCUCCCAGCGUGUCCCAUUCAGGCCACAUGUGAAGCUGCUUCCAAGGAGGAGAACAAGGAGAAGAACCGCUACGUGAACAUUUUGCCCUAUGAUCAUUCCAGGGUUCACCUGACUCCUGUUGAAGGGGUUCCUGACUCUGACUACAUCAACGCCUCCUUCAUUAAUGGGUACCAAGAGAAAAACAAGUUCAUUGCUGCACAAGGACCAAAGGAAGAAACAGUGAAUGACUUUUGGAGAAUGAUUUGGGAGCAAAACACAGCAACGAUUGUCAUGGUGACCAACCUGAAGGAGAGGAAAGAGUGUAAGUGUGCUCAGUACUGGCCAGAUCAGGGCUGCUGGACAUACGGGAACAUCCGCGUUUCGGUGGAAGACGUGACGGUGCUGGUGGACUACACCGUGCGCAAGUUCUGCAUUCAGCAGGUAGGUGACGUCACGAACAAGAAGCCUCAGCGCCUGGUGACGCAGUUCCACUUCACCAGCUGGCCCGACUUUGGGGUGCCCUUCACCCCCAUUGGGAUGCUGAAGUUCUUGAAGAAGGUGAAGACGUGUAACCCCCAGUAUGCAGGAGCAAUAGUAGUGCACUGCAGUGCCGGGGUGGGACGCACGGGCACUUUUAUCGUCAUCGACGCCAUGCUGGACAUGAUGCACGCCGAGAGGAAGGUGGACGUUUAUGGCUUCGUGAGCCGGAUCCGGGCUCAGCGCUGCCAGAUGGUACAGACAGAUAUGCAGUAUGUGUUCAUAUACCAAGCACUGCUGGAGCACUAUCUCUACGGUGAUACAGAACUGGAGGUGACCUCGUUAGAAAUCCACCUCCAGAAGAUCUACAACAAAGUGCCAGGGACCAGCAGCAACGGGCUGGAAGAGGAGUUCAAGAAGCUCACUUCCAUCAAAAUUCAGAACGACAAGAUGAGAACGGGCAACUUGCCAGCCAACAUGAAAAAGAACAGGGUGCUUCAGAUAAUUCCAUAUGAGUUCAACAGAGUAAUCAUUCCAGUGAAGAGAGGUGAAGAAAACACAGACUACGUUAAUGCUUCUUUUAUUGAUGGCUAUCGCCAGAAGGACUCCUAUAUCGCCAGCCAAGGGCCACUGCAGCACACGAUAGAGGACUUCUGGAGGAUGAUCUGGGAGUGGAAAUCCUGCUCCAUAGUGAUGUUAACAGAGCUGGAGGAGAGAGGUCAGGAGAAAUGUGCCCAGUACUGGCCUUCUGAUGGCUCUGUGUCCUAUGGAGACAUCAACGUGGAGCUGAAAAAAGAGGAGGAAUGCGAGAGCUACACAGUGCGGGACCUGCUGGUGACAAACACCAGGGAAAACAAGAGCCGACAGAUCCGACAGUUCCACUUCCAUGGCUGGCCAGAGGUUGGGAUCCCCAGCGAUGGGAAGGGAAUGAUCAACAUCAUUGCAGCCGUGCAGAAGCAGCAGCAGCAGUCAGGCAACCACCCCAUCACUGUGCACUGCAGCGCCGGAGCAGGAAGAACAGGAACCUUCUGUGCACUGAGCACUGUCCUGGAAAGGGUGAAAGCAGAAGGGAUUCUCGAUGUCUUUCAGACAGUGAAGAGUUUAAGACUACAGAGGCCGCAUAUGGUGCAGACACUGGAACAGUACGAAUUCUGCUACAAAGUGGUGCAGGAAUACAUCGACGCCUUCUCAGACUACGCCAACUUCAAGUGAAAAAUACAACAAACAACCUGAAACAAAUGACAGAAGAGUUGCCUUCUUUAAUAUUUUGUAAUAUUCUGUUUGUUAAUAUACCCCUCCCCCAAAAUAUGUGUAUAUAUCUUAACUGUUUUAGAGGUUGGUACCAUAAGCUUCAUCUUAGCUGGAGAUUUUAUAUGUAGCAAAGUGUUAGUGCAGAUACUGUCAGCUCCUUUUUUUUCCAAUGUUUUAUUGGGGAAUUAAAUAGCGUGAUGUUUGGAUUAAUAUUGUCACACCAUCUCUCUUCUGGAGAGUUGAUACAGGCUGUUAUUUUGUUUGUAAAUCUUUUUUUUUUUCUUUCUCUUGAGGGAGUAAAGCCUUUUUUAAGAAAAAAAAAAACAAAAGGAAAGAAUAAUUCUGGAUCUCAUCUGAACCAAUAACCCACAAGCAAGCACAAGCUUUUGCAAACCUGCAGGGAAAUGGUUUCACAUUUUUCUGCCAGUCAGCUCUUUAAAAUAAGGAGAAAAGAAACCAAACCAA